AUGCAGCGUAUUCACACAUUUCUUCCAUGAAUUUUCCCAUUUUUUUGAAUUAUUAUUUUGACUUUUUACACGAAACACCUCAAAUUCAUCCCUGCCGAUUGUCAAUCCCCUCCAGAGCCCGCAAUACAACACGUGUGCGCGCGUUGGUAAACAUCGCGUGUCAGUCUGCUCCGGAAUGAAAACUUAUUCUUGAAUCCAAUAUUUAAUAUUUAAGUAGCAAUAAUAAUACUCGUAAAAAAAUGAAUCUGCGCGAAAGAUUUACGAAGAAGCACACGGAGUUUCCGAUUGAGAAAGAAAAAAGGACACGCUGGACUGACGAGGACAAGGAGAAGCUGCUGAGCGCCCUCAAGAAGUAUGGUUAUAAGGACAUUGAUAAAAUUUGUAAGGACGUGCCGAAUAAAACCAAGGGAGCUGUGAGGACAUUUAUCAGUAAACUUAACAAGGAGGCUCGAGCCUCGUCUUAUCUCAGGGAGAGACAUGUUGCGCAUUGGGUGCACACCGGGAGUAUACAAGCGCCAGAUACAGUCGUGUCGCAAGCCCUCAAGUUUAUUUCUCUGUUUGAGGAGCAUCCUCAGCCUGAUGAGUGUGCCGGCUGUGAUUUUAGAGCACUCUACGCUGUAUUAUCAAAAGUCACCCUAGGGCAUCCCCCUGUAGACAUCUCCAGAAUGACCCACGAGACGAUUUCCUACGUGAUGGCCAAGGUAAUCCACGAAGUGUGGCCCUACCACCAACCCGAGAUCACUGAAUACAUCGAGAACAUGGAGCAAAAGAAGACUCGCAAGACCUACUCUCGACGUUCUCCGAGAGUUGUGGUACCUAAGGUGGAGAGCGAUCACCUUCCUUAAAGUUUGUUUUCCAUCAUUAAUCUAGAGGCACAAUUCAAAUUGCACAUUCAACUCAUUGUUCAUUUAUUUACCUCGAUAUUUAAUCUCAUAUAUCUAUUAUUGUAUUGUAUAUAAUUCAUAAUUACAAUUAAAUGAGAGGAAUUGUGAUAACAA